GUUAUACAUAUGUAUAAGAGGAUCUUGCACGUGCACUUUAGUAUUAGCUUUGUCCUAAUAGUUGUCGGAUUCAGACCAUAUUUUUUUGGUUAAAUAUUCUGUUUAAUUUAAACUUAAGUUAAAUUAAAAUGGGAAAGCCGAAAUUGGCGUAUUGGGACAUUCGUGGUUUGGCACAGAAGAUCCGCUUUGCCCUCGCGUACAUGGGGGUUGACUACGACGACUUAACGUACAAGGAAGACAAUGAACAAACCGGUGGGGACAAUACUUGGGCAUCCGAUAAAACCAAGCUGGGCCUUAUUGCUCCAAAUCUCCCAUACUGGAUUGACGACGACGUCAAAAUCACCGAGUCGAACGCCAUCCUCAAGUAUGUCGUCCGAAAAUAUAAUCCGUCCAUGAUCCCGUCGAAUCUUGCCAAGUUGGCUGAGAUGGACAUGAUUGAAGGCAUUUUAGCGGAUAUUAUGACGUACUCCGCCACCGCCGCGUAUUCCGGCGAAGACAAAAAAGAAGAACAUUCGUACACGUUCGGGUCCGUGGUGCCGACAAAGUUGGUGAUUCUAUCGAAAAUUUUGGGCGACAAGAAAUUCCUGAUGGGAAAUGAGCCCUCCUACAUUGAUUUUCCUACGUACGAAAUCCUCUACAUGUUGACCAAAUUCCGUCCAAGCGUUGUCCAGGCGCAUGAAAACUUGACAGCUUACAUGAUCAGCUUUGAGAAGCUUCCGGCUAUUGAGGCAUACAUGAAGUCGCCCCAGUUCAUUAAAGGGCCCUGGUUUAGCAGGCAUUGUCCGGCUAAAAUUUAGCCAUGUUUAUGUAUUAUUUGGUGUGAAAGUACUGCGAUUUAUAAAAUUGGUGAGAUUUCACAAUUGAAUAAAUAUGAAAUUUGAUUAAAAGUA